UUCGAGCAAACGGAACUCUUUUCUAUUUUUCGAGACUUCGUGCGGUUUACAUAAGUGAUCACAACGACACUCAACAGACACUCGACAGAUAUUCACGAGCGCGAUAUCAUAAAUUUUUAAUCAAUCAGUGGUCCGUGAACCGUACGAGAUGCUGAUAAAAUUCGGGCAUUGGUUUUGGCACGUAAUUGUUGGAACCGUAGAUCUUUACAGUCUUUUGGUAUUCGUCAGUGUCGCAUUGAUAACGGUGAAAUUGAUAGACUAUUUGAGGUACAACCGUAAAUUACCUCCUGGUCCAUGGGGGCUACCGUUAUGUGGCUACUUACCCUUCUUCAAGGAAGCUUUACAUCUGCAGUUCAAUGAUCUGGCCAAGAAAUACGGUAGCAUAUUCAGCGUUAGUCUCGGCUCUGAAUUAACCGUCGUAAUGAGUGAUUAUCGCAUCAUACGCGAUUCAUUUCGACGUGAGGAAUUCACCGGCAGACCACACAAUGACUUCAUGAACAUCCUCGAUGGAUAUGGUAUUAUUAAUUCGGAGGGUAGUCUGUGGAAGGAUCAGAGAAAAUUUCUUCACAAUAAACUUAAAAACUUAGGCAUGACUUUCCUUAAUGGCAAAAAUUUGGAAUCAAAGAUUAAGCACGAAGUCAAGGUAUUUCUUGAGAGGUUGGAAAUGAAACAUGGAGUACCUACAUCUUUAACGUCCUCUCUCGCUGUUGCGAUCAGUAAUGUGAUCUGCUCGAUUACAAUGGGAUUGCGUUUCUAUCACGGCGACCCGAAAUUCAAAAGGUUUAUGGACCUCAUUAACGAAGGAUUCAAACUGUUCGCUAAAGUGACAUUUGCAAAUUAUAUACCGAUAUUGCGUUACAUACCAUGGAAUAAUGGCAUUCGAAAUAAAAUCGAACAAAAUCGAUCGGAAAUGGCUGACUUUUUUCAAGAAGUUAUCAAUGAACAUAAAACAGCGUACGACAAGAAUAACAUUAACGAUAUCCUCGAUGCCUAUCUGUAUGAAAUUGAGAAAGCUGAGGAAAAAAAUCAAGAAGAUCAGCUUUUUGAUGGAAAAAAUAAGGUUCGUCAAAUGCAACAAAUUAUGGGCGAUCUCUUCUCCGCGGGUAUGGAAACCGUGAAGAGCACCCUCGAGUGGUCGGUGAUUUUCAUGUUGCAUCAUCCGGAAGCAGCAAAAGCAGUGCAGGAUGAAUUGGAUCAAGUCGUAGGAAGAAGAAGAUUACCCACAUUGAAUGAUGUUCCCCACCUUCCAGUCACUGAGGCGACGAUUCAAGAGAUUCUUCGCAGAUCCAAUCUUGUACCACUUGCCACUACGCACGCUACUACACGGGAUGUAAUGAUAAAUGGCUAUAUGGUGCCAGCCGGUACUAGCGUGAUACCAUUGUUGUAUGCGGUGCAUAUGGAUCCGGAACUCUGGGACAAGCCGGAAGACUUCCGGCCCAGUCGUUUCUUAGACGCCGAGGGUAAGGUGUAUAAGCCGAAUUUCUUUAUGCCCUUCGGAGUCGGUAGACGAAAGUGCUUGGGCGACGUGUUGGCACGCAUGGAGAUUUUCCUGUUCUUUACUUCACUACUGCAUAAAUUUAACUUGCACGUGCCUGAAGGUGUCGCAUUGCCCAGUCUACAGGGUAAUAAUGGCAUAACGGUGUCACCGAAACCUUUUACUGUUUGUUUACUGAAAAGAGAUCUGAACUUGAUGGACUGUGACAACAAUGAGAUCUCUGUCAAUGGACCUGUACGUAACGUUGGCAGUCAUUAA